CCUAUUCAAUACAGUCGUAGUGCUAAACACGUUGAGGCCUCCGUUCUCCGUCCCCGGAGGAUCAACCUUGGGUGAACUUCAGUGUGCUUCCUGGUGUUUAACACCCGUUCAUUCACUGGGAGCGAUGGUCCGCUCGGUCUGGGCGUAUCCUGCUCUCCAUGGCGACCGCGGUGUUGUCGAGACGAUCGGUUGCUUGGCAACAUCGUGCACUUCAGGAACGUCUUCCACUCGAUGGAGGCGCCAUGUUCGCUUAAUCGCUCCGCUGUGUAUUGAAGCGUGUUUGCGGCGCAGUUGAACCACGAGCGAGGCAGAGAAAACACAAACCAUGGCUGUGUCCGCUAUCAGGAAUUGGUGGAACACCCAUCAGAGGGACGGAUCGGACAGCAAUGGCUCCAUCGCAGGGGAAGAUGAGGAGGAAUUGGCAGGAAGGAGGCAGCGGGCUGUGAAUCUAAGUCAGACUCUGAGGACCACGCAGCUUCUCGUCGACUUCGACGGUGGCCGACCUGUUUUGAGUCUCAGGGCUCCGCCGGACCUGGUUACCUUCCCAUCCAUAUCCUGCCCCCGUUGGCCCGUAGAGUGUGAGGUCAUCAGCGACAUCAUCCAUCACAUCGAGUGGGACCCCCCGGAGCCAGAGCCUUUCUACCAUCACACAGGACCCGAUAGGACCCCCGUGCCAGAAGGAGAGGAGAGGGGCACCGUGGUUUACUGCGCUGACCAGGCCACUAAGCGUCCCUACUUCACCUGCUCCCGGGUCGGAGGAAGCAGGCGGCCCACUAAGAGCGCCACCUCUUCCAUAAACCAGACGGACCUCCCUCUUGAGUUUGAGUCCCGCUUUGAGAGUGGGAACCUUCAGAAGGCUGUGCAAGUGAGUGACUAUGACUACGAGCUCACCCUGCGCACAGACAUGUACACCAGAAAGCACACGCAGUGGUUUUAUUUCAGGGUCAGGAACAUGAAGGCUGGAGUGACAUACCGCUUCAGUAUCAUCAACUUGAUGAAGAGCAGCAGCCUGUACUCUCACGGCAUGAGACCACUGCUCUACUCCGAGAGGGCCGCCGACAAAGGUGUCGGAUGGCAGCGCGCCGGCUCAAAUAUUAGAUACUACCGCAGCUGCAGUCGGAACGCAGAGGACCGCAACAGCGACGCAAUCGCCGCAUACUCACUGACGUGGACUCUCCAGUUCCCCUAUGACUCGGACACAUGCUACCUGGCCCACUGCUACCCCUACACCUAUUCCCACCUGCAGCGCUACCUCAGGAACAUCUCAUCCAACUCAGCAGUUGCGUCAUACUGUACCCUGCGGGUGCUGUGCCACAGCCUCGCUGGGAACGCUGUAUACGUGGUGACGAUUACGUCCCGGGGGGGCGGCAGGAGGGCGGCGAGCAGCAAAAAGGCCGUCGUGGUGACGGCCCGAGUGCACCCCGGAGAAACCAACGGAUCCUGGAUGAUGGAGGGGUUCCUGGACUUCCUGCUCGGUGACUCGGAGGACGCUCAGCUGCUGAGGGACACUUUUGUCUUCAAGGUGGUUCCUAUGCUGAACCCUGAUGGUGUCAUAGUGGGUAAUUACCGCUGUUCUCUGGCAGGAAGGGAUCUCAACAGGAACUACAAGACGUCACUCAGGGAUUCCUUUCCCUGUGUGUGGCACACCCGAAACAUGGUGGAAAGGCUGAUGGCUGAGAUGGAUGUAGUUCUUUACUGCGACUUUCACGGCCACAACCGUAAAAACAAUGUCUUCAUGUACGGCUGUAACAAUCGAGGCGAUGCUUCGCUGAAGCUUCAGGAGAGAGUCUUUCCACUAAUGAUGAGCAAGAAUGCCAGUAACAAGUUCUCCUUUAAGAGUUGUAAGUUCCGGGUGCAGAAGAGCAAAGAGGGAACGGGACGCAUUGCCAUGUGGAGACUCGGCAUCAAGAACAGCUACACAAUGGAGGCCACCUUUGGAGGCUCCACGCUGGGUGACAGAAGAGGGACACACUUUACGACUCGGGAUCUGAAGUCCCUUGGUUUCUACUUCUGUGACACCCUGCUGGACUACUGUGACCCAGAUCCAACAAAGACCGGCCUCUGUCUGACAGAGCUGGCGGCCUUGUUGACGAAGAAGGUCAGAGAGAGGCUGGGCAAAGAUUUGGGCACCGACUUCUCCGUCUCUGACCUGGAAACCAGCACCAGUGGUUCGAAUAGUUCCAAUUCUGACGGACUCCCGGCUCAUUUACUGAACCAGCCCCAUGCUGUUCCUGCAGAGCAAACUCCAGGAAGAAAGAAAAAGAAAUGCUUGAGGAGUCGCAAAGAGAGGAACAAGCUACGCCCAGAGAGAGUCCAAAACGCUGCGCAGCCGAAGUCUCUGCAGGAGUCCAAGCUGCCCCGAGAGGACGCAGUAAAAGAGAUCGCCCAAGAGAGGCCCGUAGGACGGCACGGGAGGAAAGGGCAGGCAAAUGGCGCGAUGGGAAAAGCGCUGAUCCCCCCCUCCCAACACUCGCUCCGGGGAGGUCAGUCAGGUGACUUUGUGGCAGGGCAGCGAGCCGGUCAAGGCGAGCCGCGGAUGUGCGCGGGACAGUGGAGGUGUUCCUCCCAGCUGCUGCACGUGAGUGCUCUCCUUCCACCGUCGCCCAAUUCUGUGCAUUGUAACAAGCCAAAUCACAGCUGCACCCGGCGAUCCUUCGCCUCCUACGAAGACUACAGAGUGCGGCCACCUUCCCUUACGGCGCCACACAGGCCUCCGUCAUCUACGUACGGCAAGAUGAUUACGACCGGUGUCCCAAAGCGUUGGCUGUCCAGUUUCACCGCUGUCUCUUCUGCGGGUUUGUCAUUGUUGACAUGUGGCCACCUCGGGGAGCAGAACCACAGGGAUCUCGCUCCUGUCGCCCUCCAGAGAGAAACCAGAGCACACAGAAAUGUGUUUGUGCCCCUGGGGGGCACAGACCUGAGAGGGAGAAGACUAUGCAAAGACACCUCGGAGGGCAAAAGGCAGCAGAGUGUUUUGUCCCCAGUGUCGAGGCCCUCAGGCCUCAUGAAGAUGGAGCCUGCGCAUCCACAGAGGGACACCGAUGGGAGGCUCCAGGUUGAGAACACCAGGCAGUAUUACCCCGGAAGAGAAAGCCAAAUAACUACUGCAGCGACCACAAGAUCCUCACAGACUGCUCUGCUGUAGAGGACAAUAUUUGGAACCUGGCAAGGACAGAUUAAGAUUAUUCUGAUCAGGUAUGUGAAGGUCCUCUGAUGGAUCAAGAAGAAUGUGAUUUGUUGUGUGUGUUUCUUAGAUAUUGUUUAUUGCAAUGCUACAGAAAAAAGUUUUACAAUAAAAUAUAUAAAAAUA